UACUAGAUAGACCCUGUGGCUGAUGAAUUCAUCCACAUGCAUCACUAACACCACGAGUACACCCGCAGCAGCCGAGCCCAGGGUCCUGUUGUCUUGUCUAUUUAGAUCCUGAGGCAUGCAGAGGUGAGACCACCCACACAUGUGAGCUGGAGGAGGGUGGGAAGACUCAGACAAAUGUCGUCACUCUUGACCAGGGGUGCAAGAGGCAGCAGCUCCACAGUUGAAAUGCCCCGUGGGCUUAACCGUCGGUGGUGAGUGGACCGCAUAUACAUAUCUAGUGCUGCAGCCUGCCUUUGGACCCUUUCCCCAGCUGCCCAGCUGCCCCAGCUGAUCUCAUGGCUGAAAGGGAAGGGCACAUGAAACGGGAAGACUCACUCACUCACCCACACACUCACACCAGAUGUCACUCACUCACUCACUCACCCAACCCAGCCCCCCAGCCUCUUGGGAGAAAUACAGCGCGGCAGUGCCAGCGAGCGUGGUAGGAGAACAGAGUUCAACCUAGUGGGCGGUGGCGCGCUCAUGCCUUAUCAUCCGUCAUGUCGUCCAUCGUGCCGUCAAUCCUGCCUUGGUGUCGUCUCGUCUGCCAUCUCGAUUCAUUAGGGUAGAGAUAUGAUGGCUGGGCCGGGCUGGGCUGGGCGGGAAGACGGAAAGCAGAUACCCAUCCACCCCUGCCCAAGUGUGGCGUCAAACGUCAAGGACAGGGAUGGGUGAGUGAGGGGUAUGACGUAGCCAGGUGUGGCUGAUGCACCAAUGACCGAGAGGCCUGGCCGUACAUAUGGCGUAUUGCGUUGGCUCACAUCACUUACAGGGCCGCAAAACAGGGCAGGUGAGGGAGUCUUGUGUUAGUUUUGCUUGCUUGGUUGUCGUUAACAGUAGACUGCUUGUACUGGGUGUGCAAACUGUUAGAGCCUUGCCCUGCCCUGCCCUGGUCAAGGCCCUGAGAUCUGAUAUCAUAGGUAUCAUAUGCCAGCAGGCAGGCAGGCAUGAGACUAGAGGGAGCUGGCCCGGUGCACGAUGAUGCUAUGCGUGCCUGCAGUGCUGUCACUCGGGCUUACCUGUCUUAUAAGGCGUGGCUGAGGACCCUUGGAUCUGCCUCUGCUCUUUCUCCCUUUUGGGCAUACACUCUGCAACUACACCGGACCUCUGAUACUAUAGACAAACCUAGGAAUAUCAUCUGGAUCUGCUCUGCGGCCCUGCCAGAUCAGCGUAACCUUGAGAACCUACUACACACAUACACUACGUCUCCCACGAUAUCUUGACCAACAUACACACCCAACAUGGCAGCCAACAUCCAGAACGCAACAGCCGGCGCCCCCCAGCUCUCCGAGGAGGACAAGAAGAAGCAGACCUGGGGCGAGUACGGCAAGCAGGUCUACAACGAGCAGUACGAGCGGUGGAUGCCCUGGAUCGAGGACUUUUACCUGCGCUGGUUCACGCGCGACAACAAGGCCAGCUACACCACCAAGGACACGCUCGACAAGUCCAAGGUCACCGGCAUCAAGCAGGUCGACAAGCUGCAGGACGGCGUCAACAACCUGGUCGCGGGCCAGGUGGGCCAGGACGGAAUGCUGCAGCCCGUCGGCGACGCCUUCUCCAGGGAGGGCAUCAACCGCGCCGAGCGCCAGGGCAAGGACGACAGCGGCAGCUAUGCGCCCGGCCCGGCGGGGAGCGUCGUGAACCCGCUCGCCGAGGGGGGCAAGAAGGUCGGCGGGGGCAUUGUUGACGGCGGCAAGGCGGCUGGGGGUUAUGUUGGCGGGCUGUUUGGGGGUGGUGGUGCGAAGAAAUAGGCGGGUGAUCACCCAGCCGCCUUCUCCAUCGUCUUCCUUCUUGUUACUUACCCCUUUCUUUUUUUGGUUCGGCUGUCAUGGUUGGAAAGAGUGUUCCGUUCCUGUUUCUGUUGGCAUCGUGGCCUUCUCGAAUACCCCCUCCUAGCGAAAUUUCUAAUGCCAUAUUGGUAGUUGUCUGCUAUUCUACCCAUACUACUAAGUAGUACACUUCUAAAUGUCUUUUUGUAGCAAUCACACCUCCGCCAACUUCCUUCUUGCCUCCUCCACCAUCUCCUCCACAUCAUAGUGCCAUAUCUCGUGAAACCGCCAUGUUAUCUCCCUCCCAAACCCCUCCGCGCUCCGAGACAGGUCCCGGUCCUUCCACUGGAACAGGUCGACGGCCUCGCGCGUGUGCCGAACCAGCCACUGCGUCCGGUCGUAACGGACCUCGCUGUAGACCCCGAACGCGGCGGCCAGCCUCUGCCCGAGCGUCGUCUUGGUCGAGGGCUUCCCGCCGUCCGCGCCAACGCCGUCGACAACACCCUCCUGUUCCUGGACUACCGUGAGCAACAGCUCCGCCAGCAGGUACGCGUCCUCGAUGCCGAACCCGGCCCCGGCGCCGAGGUGCGGCCCGCAAGCGUGCGCAGCGUCGCCGGCGAGGCAUGUCACCCUGCCGGCACCAGCAC